AGUUACUGUUUUUCUAUUUUGCUAAGUUACUUCAUCAUUUUACUUCCUUUUCUCUGUCAAUCUCAAUUUUUGUUAGCAUUCCAUGUUGUGUUGAUGAUUUACUCAUGGCUUGGCUAUUUUAGGUUAAUCGACAUCUAAAAUGUCUCAUGCUGGUUCAACUGCCAGUUCAGUAAAGAGACAUGUAGGAAGUUCUUUGUCUCAGUGGUCAGAACAUUCAAACAUGCCCAGUGACAUAUCUCAGCAUUCCCUGUCAUCACAUCAUCAUCAUCACCACAAUUAUGAAACUGAGUGGGAUGCCAAGGAAGAGCUGCGAUUGCGAGAGCUCGAGGAAGCUCGUGCCAGAGCUGCACAGAUGGAAAAGACAAUGAGAUGGUGGUCAGAUUGCACUGCUAAUUGGCGAGAAAAGUGGAGUAAAGUUAGAACAGAAAGGAAUAAAGCUAGAGAAGAAUCCAGAGUUUUAAGAGGUAAGCUGGAAAUUGCAGCAAAGGAAUGCAAUACAUUGAAAAGGGAAAAACAAGAACUUUAUCUUCAAAUUGAGAGGCUCAAGAAAGAAAAUCAACUGUUUAAUGGGGACCAAGAUUACAUUGAUGAGAAAAAAGAUGAUAUUUUACUGUACUCUGGCAGUCAAAAUGCAGAAAGGGUUGUUGCCGAGAGAGAUGUUGGACCUGGCGAAAAGAUUUCUGACCUAGGGGACCUGUUAAUGAAUCAUUGUUCUCCAAAAUCUAACCAAGAAAAUGCUGACGAUGAGAACACUGAAGUUUCUUCUACUGUUGCCGAAGUGUCCGACUCUUCAACUGCAAACCAAGAUUUGCAGUUUUUAGACAAGUUAUUACAGAGAGACUGCAAAGAUUCGAUCACUAUCAGUACAAUCCCUACUGUUAGCGAAAAGAAAUGUUCUCGACUGUCUCACCGGGGCAUUGAGGAUUUUAAUGUGCCAGUUCAAGAGCUUACUGAACAAAAACUUGCUAUGUUACAGCUUAGGCUAGAUGAAGCUACCAAAACUAUUAUAGCUGAAAGGCAGGAAAAAAACAAACUUAUGAAAAGUAUAGAGAAAAUGCAAGCUGAAUACAAUCAAAUCCGAAUGAAAUACGAAGACUUGAAGAAAUCAAAGCAAGAUACUUUAAAAGAGCUGAGCCAAAUAAGAGCAGAACAUCAGGAUGAAAUUGAUAAUAUGAGACUGGAUUUAGAGGAUGAAGCUAACAGUAGAACCACAUUAGACCAAAGACUUGCUGAACUCCGCACAGAAUUGGAGAGACUGCAAGGUGAAAAUGCUGCUGAGUGGGGACGACGGGAACGUUUGGAGACAGAAAAAUUAGCUCUUGAGAGGGAAAAUAAAAAGCUUCGCACACAGAUUGAAGAUUUAGAUGAUAGGUUAGAGCGGAAAACAAAGCAGAUGACGAUGGCUUCAGACUCUGAUGUUAAAGCUCUUCAAAUUGAAUUACAUGAAAAGAAUAAGGAGUUAGCUGAUCUAAAACAUGCUCAUACAAAACUGAAAAAGGUUUUGCAAGAUAAAUCCACAGAACUUGCUCAUGCCUUACGCCGAUCUGAACAGUAUGAAGCAGAAGUUAAGAAAUUAAGAGGAAGAAUUGAAGAAUUGAAAAAAGAGUUAGCUUCUGCUGAAGAUGAGGUGGAUAGUGCAACAAAUAAUAUAAGAAAACUUCAAAGAACUAACGAUGAAUUGCAGGAACAGAUAGAAAAUUUGCAAGUUCAAGUUGAGCAUCUACAAACUAGCAAAGAGAAUGAUUCACCUGCCAAACAUGUGACUGAGGAACUCAGCGAGCCAUGCCCUGUUGACUCGUCAUGUUAGCAGCAAUUUUGUUCAGGUUGAUCCAAUGAGUGAAGAUGACAAUUUAGAUUUUUGAUCUCAUGUUUAUAGCUUUAUGUUAUUGUGAUACAUUGGAGUAUAUUUUGAAGCUUUUAUUAUUGAAUUGCUAAGUAGAGAUUUAAUUUCUACCUCUCCCUAUUCUGAUGAAUCUCUAAAACUUGGUUUGUUAUUACAAAGAUAUUUUUAUUGUGUUGUUGUAUUUAUUGUAGGUACUAAUUUUAUUGGGUUAUUUAAAUUGGGUAUCAAUUUUAAUACAAUUAAAUACUUAAUUCAAAAUUGAAUGCAUAAUAUUGUAAAACAUUUAACUGGAGUAGUAGAAUGAUUGCUUAUACUUUUCGAUUGUGCAUUAAUGUGUGUAAAAAAAAAGAUUUAAAUUACCAACAAACGCUUUGAAUUUAAUGGUACAUGAAAUGUGUUUUAGUUGCAUGUUUCAAAGAGUAAAUAUUUGUCAAUUUCAGGCUGGAAAUAAAAAAACAUAAUGAAAGCAAAAAAUUUUAACUUAACAGUUGAUGGAAAAAAUGAAUUUUAGAUUGGUAAUAAAAUUUGGUUAAUAGAUUGACAGUGGCGGCUGGAGGAAAUGGAUAUUUAAUACAUCCUCUAGCUCACAUACAUUUUACAUGUAUUUAAAGUGUGUUAGAUAUGCACAUCAUUUCUCCAGUUAAAAAUAUGGGUAUUACACCACUUUGAUUGGUUUUUAUUUAUUUUUUAAUGUUUUUUUUUUUUUUUUUGUCUUUUAUUAAUCUUGUAGAAAUUAUGUAGAUAUUAAAUCACAUACAGUGAAGAAUAACAUGCCUUAUUUUAUUACCUUUUAAUAAUUUUAAAAUAAAAGAAACUAACCGGUUAUGGUUUUCUUUUAUGUACUAAAAGAAAAAUUUCAGUUGAGAUACUUUUAAAACUCGAUAAAUCAUGCAACCUUCCAGAUAAAUUAUUUCCUAAUUUGAAUAAAGGCAUAACUUAAAAAAAAAUUUCAACACAUGUGUUUGCAUAGUGACAAGGGAUGAUUGGAUAGCUGUACUUUUUGUGUGGCAUUUUUCUUGGCUUGUACCAAAUAUUAUAUUUCUGGGUAAGGAAAUUUUGGUGAACAAAACUUUAGAAUGAAUGUUAUGCUUUUGGUCAUACAAAAGUACAAAACAUUUACAUACAUGACACGUUUUAAAAUUAGCAUAUUGCCUUUAUCAUGGGAAUUUUCCUACUGAAUUUCGUCCAAAUCAUAUAGAACAUGUUUGUACACUUUUUUUUCCUUUUGAAAUGGCAGCUGUAGUUUUUUUUUUUUUUUUUGAUAUAAAUUUAUUUAUGUGCUUUUCUUGAAACAGAAGUGCCAAAACAAAAGCAGUUUAAUUUACUUGUGAGCAUCGAAUCCUGUUUUACCUUAAGGUAAAGCUCUAGAAUAGCGGUCGCCAAUGGACGACCAUUUAUUGAAAAUGGCUACCAAAAAGUCAAGUCUUAGUUGCCAAAAAUGGCGACCAUAUGUUUAUUUGUUAAAAAUCAUAUCUUUUAUUAUGCAACAAGAAGUUGCACAUCCUGACACGUUCAGCACAUCAGCAAACUCCACCUUGGCAGCAUAAUUUGGAGCAAACUCCCUUAUGGUUAUUUAUUUUUUGCGCUGAAUAUAUAUUUAUUUUCAAAAAAUGGCUGUGGAAAGUGGCUAUCAUUUUUUGUGACUCUGUUAGCUAGAGACUACUACUCAGAAUUCCUAGUCUAGAGCUUUACUUUAAGGUAUGUUUUGAAUCAUGUGUGUAUUUUAUUUAUGUUUCUUGAAGAGAGGCUUUUUUUUUUUUUGCUCUCUCUGAUGUGAUGUAUCAGAGUAUGAUAUUUUUAUUUAUUUAAAAUGCUUUAUAAACGACACGAAAUGAAUAUAUGUAUAUAUGUUGGAAUUUAAACACAAACUAUCUAUAGUAUUAUAUAUAAUUCAAUUAUGUAUAAGUUCUUUUAUUUUGCUGUAUGAAAGUACUGUUUGAUUAUUGCAUUUAAUGAUUAGAAUUUCUAGUACUACUAAUGGUUAAUGUACAAAUAUUUAAUCAUUGUUUUGAAAUUUUACUCACAAAAAAGAAAUGGCGGUGAAUUGUAGUUUUGGUAUUACUUGAUAAAUACUGAG